AUGACGAGAAAGACAAAACAAAGCAGCAAUCAGCAGCACGUGACCAUUGUGCCUGUCGAGCCCGUAAAAGGUAAGCAAUAUUAGAAGAAAUACUUUUAAAAAUGCCAUGAGUACUGGUUUUUUUUUGAAUAACGGAAGUUCUAAUUCAUUACACGACGGUCUAAAGACUACGUUAACAGCUCCAUAGAAAUCACACGCGUCGCGUGCGCUGCGACGCGGUUGGCGCCAAGCCAAGUUUUAAAUUUCAAUUAAAAAAAAGGCGACUGAGUGUGCUGCGCAAGAAAUUUGGAUGAGUUCGGCCGCGUAGUCUUUGAAAUCCCGUGUCAUUUAAGCAAUUUCUCUCAUUUCUCAAAAAAAUUGUAAGAAAAACCUUUUAAAAUAAAAGUAUAUUCUCUAAAAGUGCGGUUUAAGGCGACAAUGUGGACACUGUUGCGUUCUCGUCCCGCAGUCGGAUCUCGGGCGAAAGCGGGCAUUUGAUUGCGGACGUGCAGUCUCCGCACGCGAAGGAACACAGGAUCGUGUUCGACCGCGACCACAACGUCUUCGAAUUCAGACUCCUCGAGUUGGUUUUUGUCAAAAAUUGAAGAAAUCUCACAUAAUUUCAAAUAUGCUGAUAAUCUGCAAAAAAGUGCCUCGAAACUGUAAAAAAUUAUCGCAUGUGAAAUCGAUCCUCGAGUUUUCAGUGGCUCGUCGAAGCAUCUGAUCGUGUACCGUCUCGACGAACUUCUCUCGACCACGUGUUUCCCAUUGAAAAUCAAAAGUGGAAUUCCGAUCAUUCCGACGGUAAGCUAACAAAUUUGAAAAAGUUUUGAAAAGUGCUUUUUGCAGAAGCCGGUCACUUCGGACAGAACGCUCUACUUCAAUUUCGUGUUCAAAAAGGACAAGAAAAAGUGGCGUCUCAAGCAGAUUCCGGUCGUUUUUUACACGACGAGCGAGCGAGACUACUGGCAUUCGCUCAUCGACACCACCCUCAGAAGUACGGUUUUAAAGCGUCCUACCACGCCAAUUUUGUGAUUUCAGGAGUGAAAAACCGACCGAAGAACAUUAUCAUCUUCAUUAAUCCGUUCGGAGGAAAGGGAAAAGCACAGAAGAUUUUCAAGGACAAUGUAACAAAUUGGGGGGAUUAAAAAAAUGAAUAAAUUUGGAAAUAUGUUAAGGUGGAAGCCUUUUUCUGGCUGACUCCCGGACUCCGAUACAAAGUGAUUUUGACGGAAAGAGCCAACCACGCACGCGAUUCGAUCGUCGAAAUGGCUCCGGAGCAGUGGACCGCCAUCGACGGACUGGUUCGUUGGGGGGGAAAUUUGAAAAUUUACUGUUUCAACCUUGAUAAUUGGUAAAAUGUGAUGAGCAAGUCGAUCAAUGUGGAUGUAUGUUCUAUAAAGUAACUAAUUACCAUUUUGAAGAAGAUCAUAAAAAUUUUGAAAAUCAAGAGAAAUGUGCACGAUAUCUCGGUAAUUGGCUGAAAGCAGGGGGACUGAAAUAGUGCAAAAUCUAAUAAUUGGAUGCAACUGUUCGCAGGUUUCCGUGGGCGGUGACGGCCUUUUCAACGAGCUGCUCUCGGGCGCCCUGCUCCGCACCCAAACGGACGCCGGCCGCAACAUCGACGACCCGAACACUUCGCAUCUCGUCACCCCGCACAUCCGCUUCGGAAUCAUCGGCGCCGGCUCGGCCAACUCGAUCGUGUCGACGGUGCACGAGACGAACGACCACGCGACGUCGGCGGUGCACAUCGCGAUCGGAUCGGAGUGCAACGUGGACGUGUGCACCGUCCAUCAGCACCAGAAACUGCUGCGAAUCUCGGCGAACGCGAUCAGCUACGGAUGGCUGGGCGACGUGCUCAGGGACUCGGAAGAGUACCGAUGUCUCGGACCGGUCAGGUACCAGUGGAGCGGUCGGUUUUGCAGGAAAACUUGGACUUUGAAAGAUUAUUCGAAAAUUUUCAGCGCUCCGCACGACAAUCCGUCAUCCGAUCUACCGCGGAAUGAUCCAAUUCUCGCUGUCCCACAAAAACAGUGUUAAUCCCAAGGAUCAGUUGCCGCCGUGUCUCGAACCGUGUCCGAUUUGCCAGAAACCGAUGGGGUACGCUUUGCAGAACAGUUUUAUAGAAAAAUUUGAUAGGCGAAUAAAAUAAGUGAACAUUAAAACAGAGGAAAAAAUUAAAAUAAUAUUUUUCUCCUCGGUUAACAAAUUAGCACAGAAUCAGGUGACACUUUUUGAAUUUUUUCGAAAUAAGAAAUUGCGUACACUUUGAGCUAUGCACACACUCGAAAGUAACUCAUAAUCAUACGUUUCAUAACAUUUUGAAACAGUUUUUUUUUCUAUUAGCGCAAACUGUUUUAAAUGAAAAAACUGACGGUGAGACUCGAGAAUAACAGAAAAAAUUACUGUUUCUCAAGAAAGUCGAAUCAGGCACGUGCACUCAAAAGUAAUACGAAUGCUUUUGCAGUGACGACAAGUAUGGCUACCACUGGCACGCCGAAUUCACGCACGUCAUCUGCUGCGUCAUCCCGACGGUCACUCCGUUCACCCCACACGGACUGGCCCCCUUCACGGGCAUCGGCGACGGAACCCUCGAUCUGGCGCUCGUUCCGCGCAUUUCCCGCUUCCACAACAUGCAAUUCAUGCGAAAAGUUGCCAUGUACGGAGGAAAAGGGGUAACAAAAAGCGAAACAUUAUUUAAAAAGAACUUGAAUGUUUAGCUACUUCAACUGGACAACUCGCUCAACUGCUACCGCGUGACGAAAUGGUCGUACCAGCCGGACGCGGACCAGAAAGAUCCGGGAGUGUGGAACCUGGACGGAGAGAUUCUGGAGCAGCCGAAGGACGAGCCGCUGCACUUCAAACUACACCCGCAACUCAUCAGCUUCUUCGGCCGAGACGCGGCGAUGGUGCAACCGUCGAAACGAAGUUUUAUCAAAAAGAGAAAGUCUUCGAUUGUUUAUCAGUGA